GAACUUUCGCUCCGGUGGGGGCCUUCGGACGAUCCGGAUUCCUCGCCCAUCUGAAGUGCGGAGAGCAGCUCCGUAGAGGCCCCUGUGGGUCCCCACGCGGGGCUGGGGCUUCCCGGGCCGCGUUGGGAGCGGCCACUACCAGCCGGGGUCCGAGCUGUCAGCCUUUCCAAGACCCGCGCUGGAGGAGCCGGGACUCGCCUAGCGCGGGCUCCAGCAGUUGCCUGUGUCCAGCUGUCAACUUUCUUCCUGGAUUUCUGUCUCCUCAUUUUCCUGGUCUCCUCAGACCGAAGCCCCUGGGUUAUGCAACAGCCAUGCCUGUGGACACGCUGACCCCCGGAGCCCGUGAUGCCCCAGCCCUGCCUUUCCGCCUGCGGACCAAGGUCCCCGGCUACCUGCUGCGGCGGCCAGCAGACGGGGGAGCCCGGAAACUUAGUGCUGUGGAGCGCCUGGAAGCCGACAAGGCCAAGUAUGUCAAGAGCUUGCAGGUGGCCAGCACCCGCCAGGAACCUGUGCAGCCCCUGCUGUCCAAACAGCCACUCUUCAGCCCUGGGACUCGCCGCACAGUGCUCACGCCCAGCCGCCGCGUGCUGCCACGCCCCGGCCGCCGGCCCCAGCUGGACCUGGAUAUCCUUAGCAGCCUCAUCGACUUGUGCGAUAGUCCGGUAUCCCCAGCUGAGGCCAGCCGUACCCCUGGGCGGUCAGAGGGAGCCCGUCAGGCCCCCCCAGCCACACCCCCACGGCCACCGCCCAGCACUUCUGCGGUCCGCCGAGUGGACGUCCGCCCCCUGCCUGCCUCCCCUGCCCAGCCCUGCGCAUCGCCAGGCACUGUCGCCGCCUCCAGCCCGGGCCGGCCCCCGGGAUUGCAACGCUCCAAGUCAGACCUGAGCGAGCGCUUCUCCCGGGCAGCAGCCGACCUUGAGCGCUUUUUCAAUUUCUGCGGCCUGGACCCGGAGGAGGCACGGGGGCUGGGCGUGGCCCACCUGGCGCGGGCCAGCUCGGACAUCGUGUCCCUGGCUGGGCCCAGUGCUGGGCCGGGCAGCUCUGAGGAGGGCUGCUCCCGCCGCAGCUCCGUCACUGCUGAGGAACGGGCCCGGGAGCGGGUCCCCUAUGGCGUGUCUGUGGUAGAGCGCAACGCGAGGGUGAUCAAGUGGCUGUACGGCUUGCGACAGGCGCGGGAGACUCCGGCAGCCGAGGGCUAGGCCUCCACUGGGCUCGGCAUUCGCUACAGAUCUUAGAGAUUAAGUUGGUUCUUUGACUUCUCCUGGAUCCAUUCCCUGGCCCUGGGCAGAUCAGAGGCUGCUGCUGCCUCUAGUGAACUAGGUAUGGAGGCAAAGGCUUAAGGCCUGGGCCAGUCUCCAGCUGGGGAGGACUGACCCGAGAGCAUUGUCUCUUGAUCUCGGACCACCCCCUACCAGGGUUUUUGACAUGAGUGUAUCCCUGCAUGGUUUCUCUCACUGGGCUGGGUUUGGGCACUUGGCCCUCCCCACUGAGGGUGAGAGGCCAAGGGCUCUCCCUAUGCCUGUCUACCCACCUACUCUGUUUCCUCUUCCCUUCCUAGGCCUCUCUGUCUUUGCUGACUUCCUCUUCCUUACCCACUGGUUUCUGAUUCCCUGGGAAUUCACCCUGGGGCAAGGGCUGGGAGGGGUGGCCUAUCCACUGCUCUCCGGGUUCUUGGCAGUCUGACACGGGUGGGUAGACUACAGGCAGGACUGGCUCAGAGUCUGCACUGCUCUAACUUUGCUCCCCUUGGUUAAUAAACACAAAUGCUUGGUUCUCAA